UAAUGAGAGCAGAAAGCUGGACUGAUGUAGAGCAAAUAUUUGCAGAUCAGAAGACGGCUGUGAUCGCACAAUAUCAGCCAGAUUUGAGUUCAUCGCGGCUGGAGUCAAGUUCUUUCAGCUAAAGGGAAAGUUCGCAACCAAAAAGAGCAGAAUGAAGAAUGGAAUGGAGUCUCGGAUGGUGUUUGUCCUAAUCCUGGCCAUUAUAAGCUAUGAAACAGCUCCCGUUCAUAGCCUAAGUAUCCAUGCUUCUGCGAACCCCUUACCAGUGGGCAGCGACGUCACACUUUUCAGCCAUGCCGAAGUCACUUUAGGUGCCUGGAUCUUCAACAACGAAAUCAUUGCGAUGAUAGCCGGUGGAAAAACAUUUAUAUUUGACUCUUGGACUAACAGAGUUACACUGAAUUUAAGCACUAACUACACAUCAUUGACCAUAAGGUCACUAAAGGUGGAAGACUCUGGACUGUACACAUUACAGAAAAUGAAUACCUCUCGUGCUGACUUAAAACUGUCAGUCCAAGUACCUGUUUCAAAUGUGACUCUGAGGGCACAGAAAACCAACCUGGUGGAGUUCAAUGACACAGCAGUUCUCAUGUGCUCUGUGUCCAGCGGGACAUCCCUGUCUUAUGCUUGGCUGAAGGGCAGCUCUGUGGUCACAGCCGGUGAUGGAAUACAGCUAAGCAAUGAAGGAGCCACUCUUACUAUUGUUGGGGUGACCCGCUAUGACGCAGGGCCAUUCAUGUGCAACGUGUCCAAUGGUGUAAGCCAUGAAACCAGUCCCCCUGUCCAUCUGAACAUCAGCUAUGGUCCGAGUAACACGAUGAUAUCGCUCAUGCCCAUGAAGUACAUCUACAGAACGGGAUCGAACAUCACGCUGCAUUGCUCAUCGGAGUCCAGCCCUCCAGCGAUGAUCCAGUGGAUGCUUGAUGGAGUGUACCUAAAUCAGUUUGCCCCGCAGCUUCAGCUAGAAAAGACUACAGAGAGCAACUCAGGAAAUUACCAAUGCAUAUUACACAACACAGUCACAUCGAGGUUCAGCAGCACGAGUGCAAUUAUCAGGAUUUUAGAUCCAAUAGAAGCAGUUGUGGUGAAUCACACAGGUGGACCAGCGAUACUUAAUGACUCAUUCACCAUGUGUUGUGAAGUGACUGGAUCUGUUGACAGCAUUCAGUGGUGGAGGAAUGGUCAGCUUAUUCCUCCUGACAAUUCAACAGUCUUUGACAUGGGCAACAAGACAUUAACCCUCAGUCCAGUACAACAUUCAGAUCAAGGAGAUUAUCAGUGUCAAGCCUUCAAUUAUGUAAGCAACAUGACCAGCAGCCCAUACACAGUGGAUGUGAUCUAUGGACCAGAGAUGACAAUCAUCACUGGACCAAAAAUGGCAAAGACUGGAUGCAAUGUCACACUCAGCUGCAAUGCAUCAUCGAACCCUCUCAGCAUCAAAUGGUUCUUCAAUGAUACUGUUGUAGCCACAAUGCCCGAGUAUGUCACACCUCCUCUUACCGAAGACAUGAGUGGGAUGUACACCUGUAUGGCCUACAACAACAUCACCGGCAAAAACAGCACUGCAUAUACAAUGCUUACUGUUAUUGACCCAAUAACAGAUGUACAAAUAGACUCACCAAUGGAUCCUGCCAUGGAUGGCCAUUAUUAUAACCUAACAUGCAACGUGACUGGACCUGCCAUGCAUGUUUACUGGAUUAAAAAUGGCGAGCCGCUGCGUGAAGACAACAGAACUGUUUUCUGCAUAGAUAAUAAGACAGUCAUGUUCAACCCACUAGAACAGGAUGAUACUGGAAACUACCAGUGUAUGGCUCUUAAUGCUGUUUCGGACAUGACCAGCCCUCCUUACAAGCUCCUUGUGAACUUUGGACCAGAGACGCCCAUCAUUGACGGGCCAGCUUUCGCAGAGACAGGACACGUCGCAGUCUUCCACUGUUCUGCCAAGUCAGUGCCACCCAGUCAGUUCAGCUGGUGGUUCAAUGGCUCUGAGGUGGCCAGUACUGCAGAGUUUACAACUGGUCUUUUGCAUUUAAAUAUGAGUGGAGAAUACACUUGUAUGGCCUACAACAGUGUGACGGGAAUGAACAGCACAAACACCAAGAUGCUCACAGUCAUUGAAGCAAUAGAGUCAGUGAUGGUCAGAGCCCACUCAGUUCCAGUAAACUCUGAAAACUUCACUCUCACCUGUGAAGUCACUGGGCCCUAUGACAAGAUCUACUGGAUGAAGAACAACAUGUACCUCAACAUGAACACUUCCAAUGCUAAAGAAAACAUGUCCUACUACAUGGAAAACAACAUGCUGCACUUCACUCCAGUGACAAUGUACAAUGAUGGGAAUUACCAGUGUGUCGCCACCAAUCAGGCUGCCACACAUCAAAGCCCCCCAUACAUGCUCCUAGUGAACUAUGGCCCUCUGAGUAUGCAUAUCUCUGGUCCAGAUUCUGCAGAAUAUGGUCACCUCGUGUCCCUGAGUUGCUCUGCUGAUUCUCAGCCAGACUGUGACUUCAGCUGGUUUUUUAGCAGUAACUCGUUAAUUCUAGUGACGGGCCCUGUUAUCACGUUCCCUGCCGUAAAGCAGAAUGAGGGGAACUACACAUGUAAGGCGAGGAACCCUGUGACUAAUGUCAUGAUGUACCAGACUAAAUACUUCACUGUUGAAAAUCACGCGUCUGCCCUCCGCAUCUCAUCCCAGGGAGCUCUGAUGUUGAUCAGUCUGUUGGCUUUGUCUGUCACUGUGCUGUUCAACUGAGUCCUCUACACUGAGAAAUCCAGUCAGACUCAAAGGCCUCUUGCUCCCUCUGCAGUCAACAGUCUCACUGUGAAAUGAAUGGGAAGGGACUGUGCCAUCACUUCUUGGGGGUUUUGCCUGAAGGGCAAAGAAGAAGUGUGGUAGGCUUUUUCAUGCUAAAUGUUAUCAUUAUUAGCAGAUAAGGGUAGUGGUCUAAGUGUCAUUGUGCUGGUUGUUGCUUGUGCACUUAAUAAAAAUAAUUCAUAGUUCAACUAAGGGAAACAACACCAAUGUGUUUUGCUAAAAUACCUCCAUACUCUUUUGACAUUGAUUGCACGUCUUCAGUCUGCACUCCUGCAACUUUUUCUUUCAUGUGUGAUGAUAUUUAAAAUGUAUCUGAAUGUAAAUCUUAUCAUGCUUUGAUUUACUGUAUUUAUUUCUAUAUGAAUAAAAAAAAAAUCAACAACA